AUGCAAGAAAAUCCAGAAAAGGAUCUAAGUACUAUGGUACAGCAUUCCUCAGUCUUAUCCUCCUCGACAUCCCCAAAUUUUCAGGCAACUCCUUCUUUACAUCAUAUAGGUAAUUCCCUUCAGGAAAACAUUGAGAAUAAUGAUAACGAAUAUGAAGAAGAUGAAGAUAAUAACUUUUCAGAACAGCAGCAAAUAAAGAAAAGAGAAAAAAUUAUCGAACUUAUAGAAAUUGAUGGUAAAAAAGUUAGUAAAACAUCAACUGGGAAAAGGAAAUUUCAUAAAAAGUCCAAGAAUGGAUGUGAUAAUUGUAAAAAAAGAAGAGUUAAGUGUGAUGAGGGCAAGCCUUGUUGUGCAAAAUGUAUCCAUAUGAAAUUAGAUUGUGUUUAUUCACCAAUUCAACCAAGAAAAAGAAGAAAAAAGUCAGAAAUUUUGAAUAUUAUGAAUAAGAUUAAUAAAAAUUCUGAUGACUCCAACACUAAUGUGAAUAAUAACAAUGAUGAUAAUAACAAUAAUAAUAAUAAUAAUAAUAAUAAUAAUAGUAGUAGUAGGAGUAGUAGUAACAGUAACAAUAACACUAACAAUAGUAGUAGAAGUACUAGUAACAAUAACGAUAAUAACACCACUACUGCUAAUAAUGAGAAAAAUGAAAAUGAUAAUGACCAAACGGCUAUUAAUAUUAGUACCGAUGCUAACAUUAUUAUGAAUAACAAAGAAAUCAAUAACAACAUGGGAAAUAUAACUUCUAAAAGAAAAAGUGUCACCAAAAAUAGUAGUAGUUCCAAAACAGCACCGAGAAAUAGUAGAAAUAAUAGUCGUAGUAAUAGCAAUAUUAAAGUAGAGACAGUGGUGAAAUAUGUUAUAAGUAAAGCAGAUGGAACUAAAGUAGUAGUUGAUAAUCCAUUAGAUUUAGGUCAAGAUUAUAAUACUAUUAGUGCAAUGAAACCAGGUACAAAAGUAGCGACAGAACAGUACACCAACGAAUAUAAAGAACCGGGGAGACAGAGUACGACUACUAAUAAUAGAAAUAACAGUCAAAAGGAGCAAGAUAGAGUAAAUGCUUUUAGGAAAAGUAAUUCCAAACAUAUAAUAGAGUCUUCUUUGCCCCCGGGAACUCCGGCUAAUACCAAUGGAAAUUCAGUUUUAGACAGCUUGUUAUUACCACCCCUGGUGCCUCAAACCUCAAUAAAUUUGCAACAGUUGCAGCAGUUGCAGCAUCAAAUACAACAACAACCUCAAUUAUUGCCACAGCUUAUGACUUUAACUAAUUCUGAAAAGUUUGCUGAAUACCCAUUAAGUUCCCUGAUGAAUAGUCCAAAACUGUCCAGUAUUAAUAUGAACCUGACUAAUAGUAUAGGCACGCUAUUUUCAUUGGGGAAUUCCAAAUUGAAUGGGUUAUUAAAUUUACAACAACAACAACAACAACAACAACAACAUACCCCAUCUAUGACGAAUAAAUCAUUGAAUUUAGAAACAAAAAAUCCAAUUAAAUCAAUAUCCAAUGUUUUGUCACCAGUAAAUGUAACACCUACAGUUUCACAUUUUUCUAACGGCGGCAAUACUGGUAACAGUGCAUUGCAUAACACGAUUUCUGCCACGAAUACAAAUACCGCGCCUGCUAGUAUUAACAAUGUCGUAAAUACAAACCCGAUUUUAGCCACCACUGCUAUUGCUGCUAAUGCUGCUGCUAAUGCUGCUGCUGCUGCUGCUGCUGCUGCUGCUACAAGUAAUAACAAUAAAAAAUCAAAUAGCAACAUAGCAACUGCCAACAAUACUAUUACUAAUAAUAAUUUGCUAACCAAUAAUUCUGCAUACAACACUCCUAUUUUUCCUACCACUCCUGGGAUGUUUCCAACAGCUGGUAUUGGUGGCGUGACAUAUGACUUCCAUGAACUACUAGGUCUUAAGUCACCGAAUACUGGUAAAAAUAUUGUAGGUAGUACCGCCGAUACAAAAAAAGGAGCCAAAGAUGAAGCUGCUGAGGUUUUAGCUACAAUGGCGGAUGUUGCACAGAGAGAUAAGAACAAGGCUCCAAGAGCACCGCCUUUAGCGUCUAAUAAUGAUAAUAGAAGUGGUAGUAACACUUCUAAUAAUACUGGGAACGUUCAAGAAGAUGUGAUGAGUAAUCGUAAUGGAAGCAAUAGCGACAAUGUUACCACUGAAACCUUCAAUCAAAAUGCACCGUACCAGAAACCAUUAGUUACAAAGUUAUUAGAGAAUAAAAGCAGUUUAAAUUUAAUUGACUUAAAGUUAUUCCACCAUUAUUGUACCAAAGUAUGGCCUACGAUUAUUGAAGCUGGUAUUUCUGAAGAGAAAAUAUGGAGUACUGAAAUACCAGAGUUAGCGUUUGAUUAUCCGUUUCUAAUGCAUGCACUGCUGUCGUUUAGUGCUACCCAUUUAUCUAGAACCGAAAUAGGUUUAGAAAGGUAUGUUGCAUCACAUAGAUUAGAAGCUUUAAAAUUGUUGAGAGAAGCCGUAUUAGAAAUCACUGAUGAUAAUACUGAUGCCCUAGUUGCUAGUGCAUUGGUCUUGAUUAUGGAUUCUUUAGCUAAUGCAGCAUCUUCGUUAACAGAAAACGAAGAAGAAGAAGAAGAAGAAGAGGGAGAAGAGGAAGAGGAGGGAGAAGAGGAAGAGCAAGAACAGCAACGCAGACUAAAUGACGCCAAAUUUCACGAUAACAACGGUGGAAUAGGUUCUCAAGGAAAUAGAAGUAAUAAUAUUGCUUCUUCUUUGGAUGCCAUUACCGACACUGUUACUGCUACCAACAAUGGUGACCCUAUUGGUAUUAAUAAUAAUGAGGGCAAUACCAAUACCGAUAAAAAUGUUAGCAAUUCUUUAAGCUCGAAUUUUGCAUCCAUUCUUAACAAUGGACUUGGAACUCUGAAUAGCAGUAAUGUUGGUAAUAAAUUUAAUAUGAAAAGUUUGGUGCCCAAUUUGUCUGCAUCUGCUUGGAUUUUCCAUGUUAAAGGUGCUGCGACGAUUUUAACUGCAGUAUGGCCAUUGAGCGAACAAUCAAGAUUUUACAAUUUAAUUAACGUGGACUUGAGUUAUUUAGGUAAUAUUCUAAGUCAAGAAAAUGACACCAUCACGGAUUUGGUGUGUUUUGAUGAUAGUAUUGCAGAUUUAUAUCCUGUUGAAAUAGAUUCCCCUUAUUUAAUUACGUUAGCAUAUUUGGAUAAAUUGAACAAAGAUAAAAAUAAAAACGGGUUUAUCUUAAGAGUGUUUGCAUUUCCUGCAUUGUUGGAUAAAACUUUCCUAGCGCUAUUGAUGACAGGAGACUUGGGGGCGAUGAAGAUUAUGCGAAGCUAUUAUAAAAUGUUAAGAGGGUUUGUUAGCGACUUAAAAGAUAAAGUUUGGUUUUUAGAAGGUAUAACUGAUGUUUUACCAGUCGAUGUUGAUGAAUAUUCUGGUGGGGGUGGUAUGCAUAUGAUGUUAGAUUUUUUGGGAGGUGGAUUGCCCUCUAUGACAACUACUAAUUUAGAUAACUACCAACCUAAUCUAAAUUGGACGUUAUGA